AUGGCUGUACUCUGGUUACUUUUGUUUUUCUUGGACAUGAACUGUGUGAGUUUGAGUUAUGCUAACGAGGAAGAAAGGCAGGUUUAUAUCGUAUACCUCGGAGCCCUUCCACAGGGAGACUACGCGCCGGUAUCACACCAUGCAAAAAUACUGCAAGAAGUUGUUAGUGACAGUUUCCCUACGAAAUCACUAGUUAGAAGUUACACAAGGAGUUUCAACGCCUUCGCAGCCAACCUCACAGACCAAGAGCAAAAGAAGUUAGCCAGCCAUGAUGAUGUUGUGUCUGUAUUCCCAAGCACAACUCUCCAACGUCAAACUACAAGAUCCUGGGACUUCAUGGGGUUUCACCAAAAUGUACGCCGAAAUCCUGCUGUUGAGAGUGAUAUUAUAAUAGGCGUCAUAGACGAUGGCAUUUGGCCUGAAUCAGAAAGUUUCAGCGACAGAGGUUUUGGCCCUGUUCCGAAAAAAUGGAAAGGAGCUUGUAAUGGCGGCGAAGACUUCACCUGCAACAACAAGAUAAUUGGAGCUCGAUGGUACACAGCGCUUGACGCUUCUGUCAAGGAUGGAAGUGGCCAUGGAACUAUAUGUGCUUCAAUUGCAGCUGGUAAUUAUGUGAACAAUGCAAGCUUUUAUGGAAUUGCACAAGGCACUGCCAGGGGAGGGGUCCCUGCAGCAAGAAUUGCAGCAUACAAAGCUUGUGGUGGUAUUGGCUGCGAAAGUGUGGACCUACUAUCCGCGUUCAAUGAUGCUAUAGCUGAUGGAGUGGACAUCAUUUCAUUAUCAUUAGGCGGAGGCAUACUUGACAUAAAAGAUGAUGUUGUGGCCAUUGGCGCGCUUCAUGCUAUGCAGAAGGGUAUACUGACCGUGAAUGCAGGUGGAAAUUCCGGUCAUGGUAGUGGUCGUAAAUCAAUUACAGCAAGUGUGGCUCCAUGGCUGUUCUCUGUUGCAGCUAGUACUACUGAUCGUCGUAUUGUCACCAAGGUUGCUCUAGGAAACGGGGCCACGAUUAUAGUAUGUUACGUCGAGUCUUUCUCCGGGAAGGGAGUAAAUUCCUUCAAACAGAACAGUAAGAAAUUUACUUUGAUUCAUGGAAAGAAUGCAACAGCAAGCAAAUGUACCGAAAAAGCGGCCAAGUUGUGCGAAGAUGGGUGUUUAAAUAGCCGUCUAGUGAAGGGAAAUAUUUUAAUUUGCGAAGAUGCCAACCGACAGCGUCAGGCUAUGGAUGCUGGUGCCUACGGAGUUAUAGAAAUGGCAGACGAUGAAUUCUCAUCUGUUACUGCUUUGCCUGCAUCAGAUUUAAGUCUCCAAAACAUAAGACAGAUUCAGGACUAUGCCAAGAAUACCAUAAUGGCCGUAGCAAAUAUAUUAACCAGUGAAUCCACAAAACAAUCCGAUGCUCCUAUAGUUGCCAGAUUUUCUUCUAGAGGGCCAAAUCUGUUGAUUCCAGAAAUUAUGAAGCCUGAUGUAACGGCGCCAGGGGUGGAAAUCUUGGCUGCAUAUUCUCCUAAAGAGAGCCCUUCAAAUUACCAUUUUGAUGAUAGAUCAGUUAAAUACACUAUAGUUUCUGGCACGUCCAUGGCUUGCCCACACGUUGCAGGCGCAGCUGCUUAUGUUAAAUCCAUGCACCCCAACUGGUCACCCUCAGUAAUCAAAUCUGCUCUUAUGACCACAGCAAGACCUAUGGCUUCAGCGAAAGGUAAACAUACAGAAUUUUCCUAUGGAGCUGGGCACAUAAACCCUGUAAAAGCUGCAAAUCCAGGACUAGUAUACGAAACGAUUGAGGAGGAGUACGUGAAACUGCUGUGCUACAAAGGAUACUCAACGCCUACUAUCAGGAAGCUAUUUGGCAACAAGAGAAGCAACUGCUCUCGCCUCAAACACCGUAACUGGAGUCCCAAGGAUUUAAAUUACCCUGCCAUGGCUUCUCUUGUCCGUAGAAACGAGUCUUUUACCGUUAUCUUUUCAAGAACCGUCACAAAUGUUGGUGAUGCAAGUUCAACGUAUCGUGCUAAUAUCAGUGCACCGCCAGGGCUGAAAGUGAUUGUGCAGCCGCCGGAACUCCCCUUAAAGAAAUUGAACGAGAAGAAGUCUUUUGUUGUGAAGGUUGGAGGAAAAGUGGCAGUAAGGGUGUUAUCAGCUUCAUUGGAGUGGAAUGAUGGCAACCAUAAUGUUAGAAGUCCUAUAGUCAUAUAUACAAAGUCACCCAAGAUAAGUUAGAACACUUGUGUACCUGGUUAUUGGUUCCAUGCAUGUAGUUUAGCACCCUAUAUCAUUCAAAACUAAACAUGACGAAGAUGCAUGCUGUCCGUAUUUGCAAAAAAGUAGAAACAGUGACAGCCAUGAAAACCACAUUCUUUAGCUUUCAAUACAGCAUUCUAAAACCAUUUUAAUUGAUGCAACCAGAAGUGGUCGA